CAGGGGGCGCCCGCUGGCGGGAACGCGCGCCGUAGAGGCGGUGCCGUGUCGGCCGCGGCGGGGCGCAGGGCCGCGAUGUCGUCCCGGCCUGGGCCCGGCGGCGCGGGGUCUGGGGGCGCGCGGCGGCCGCGGGAGCCGGAGCACGAGCUGCGGCGGCGCCAGGAGCAGAAGCGGCGGCGACGGGACGCGGAGCAGCUGCGGGAGCUGCGGCACGUGGAGCACUUUUAUGAGAAGCCUCCCCCUGGGCUGAUCAAGGAAGAUGAGAGCAAGCCGGAAGACUGCAUCCCUGACGUGCCAGGCAACGAGCACGCCCGGGAGUUCCUGGCACAUGCACCCACGAAAGGACUCUGGAUGCCACUGGGGAAGGAGGUCAAAGUGAUGCAGUGUUGGCGUUGCAAACGGUAUGGUCACCGGACAGGUGACAAAGAAUGCCCGUUCUUUAUCAAAGGCAACCAAAAGCUGGAACAGUUCAGAGUGGCACAUGAAGAUCCUAUGUACGACAUCAUUCGGGAGAAUAAAAGACAUGAGAAGGACGUGAGGAUCCAGCAGCUGAAACAGCUCCUGGCAGACUCCACCUCAGAGGAGGACGGGAGCAGCUCUGAGUCCUCGGAGGGUAGAGAGAAACACAAGAAGAAGAAGAAGGAGAAGCACAAGAAAAGGAAGAAGGAAAAGAAGAAAAAGAAGAAGAAGCGGAAGCAAAAGUCUUCCAAGCCAAGUGAGAGUUCAGACUCUGAGUGAGGCAGACGCCUUGCCGAGCACCUUUGCCCCGGCACCGGCCUGGGCAGAGGGGACACACAGAGUGGUGGAGCCAGUGGCUGGGAGGGGACAUCGGGUUUGUGGGGACAUUCACUGCUGCCUGAAGGACGCUGAGCUAUUCCCCAGCACCAGGCCUCCCUACUGUCACACAGGAGAGCUGAGAAUCUUUUGCAGCCUCCAUAGGCAGCAGCAGGACCAGGGUCCCCUGGUGGCCUUGUGGGCCUGCACUGGCCUGGAGGGCGCCCCCUAGUGAGGUGGGUCAGUCCCACAGUUUCAGACCUGGCCAUCUGUGUUGCUGAGGACAAUAAAAGCUUGUGGUUUAUUUUUCAAA